GUUAAGGUGUGACCAACACUUACAAUGUAAGCAAAUUGUUCUAAAAACAGACGAGCGUCUUUAUACAAAAUACUGAAAUAUCACAUUUUAAAGAUAGACAUUUCAUUUCACGUCGUUAUGUACUCAUAACGGUUGGUCAGAAAAGCAAGUAAGGCCUCGCUAGCACUCCAGUUAACGUUUAAAAAUGAUAUACCAUAUUCCCUGGAUCCACACUCCAGUCAGGACAGUCCUGGCAAUCUGGAACCAGCUAACCAAGACCGAGAUCCCAGAGCUGGCCAAGUGCUCUGUGCUGAUGAGAGAGCGCGGCAGGGUGGAGGAAACCAUUCACUCCAUGCAGCGAGCAGGUGCAGGCAGCCUGCAGGUAAUCUCAGACUUCGAUAUGACACUCACCAGAUUUGCCCACAAUGGCAGGAGAGUGCCUACAACACACAACAUCCUGAUUAACCGUCUGCUGAUCAGUGAAGACUGCACUCAAAAGCUGAAGGUGCUGUUGAACACAUACUAUCCCAUAGAGAUUGACCCAAGCAGGAGUGUUGAAGAAAAGCUGCCUCUCAUGGUGGAGUGGUGGACUAAAGUCCAUGAGCUGCUGAUUCAGCAGAGGAUCAGGAAGGACCUGCUGGCCCAGGCUGUCAACGAAUCCGGCACUAUGCUCAGGGACGGCUACAAGUCGUUUUUUGACUGCCUGGCAGAGCGACAGAUCCCUCUGCUGAUCUUCUCUGCUGGUGUCGGAGACGUCCUGGAGGAGGUGAUUCGACAGAACCAGGUCUUCCAUCCCAACGUCAACAUCAUCUCCAAUUACAUGGACUUUGACCCAACUGGGGCUCUGCAAGCGUUUAAAGGCCUACUGAUCCACACCUUCAACAAGAGGGAAGGCGCUCUGUCACAUGCAGCUGGCCUCAAAAAUCUGCAGGGUCGACCCAACGUGCUGCUGCUGGGAGACUCUUUAGGAGACCUGACGAUGGCUGACGGGGUGUCUGAGCACCAGAACAUCCUCACCAUCGGCUUCCUCAACGACCAGGUGGAGGAGAGAAAAGAGUCGUACAUCAACUCCUUUGACAUCGUACUGGUGAAGGAUGAGACGCUGGAUGUUCCGAAUGCUGUCCUCAGUUAUAUAACCUCAUCGCGAGACAAAAAGUAAGGUCCGAACGUAGGACCUGGACACUUUAUGUGGACUCUAUUCAGCAUGAUGCACACUGGACAAUCACACAUCAUCACUUACCUCAAACUAAACCUUGAACCUGGACUUUUUGCUCCAACGCUGCACGAAUAUUGUUGAACUUUGUAUUUUGAGGUGUAGGUAUUUUAAAGUACUGUGAAGUUACUAGAGUGACUGUUGAAAACAUAUAAUAUAGACCAUGCCUUUAAACGUCGUUUAAAGAAUCAGCAAAGUAUUGCUCUUUACAGACAAUAAGAACAAAUGAAACUUCAGUAAAAGGGUUUCCCCCUGCUUCAGGAGAGUCACAAAGGCUAUUUGCCACCUUAAUGGAACUCAAUGAAGUGACAAUUGAUGGACAAAUGCAAAGUGUACUCAAACAAUGCAACCUCUAAAAGAGCUAAUACUAACAUCUGCACUGAGUCCUUUCCGUCAUCUUCUACUCUCUUUCUCCUCAGAAACAUUAUUAUGCAGUAUGAGGAUGAGCUGCUUUAAAAGAAAUUAAAAACAUAAGAACUCUGUGCACACUCUACUAAGCACCUGAGAAACUCUUGAGGAGUUUAUGUCUAUGCUAGUCAUUGAUCGGCCAUGACACACACCGUGCUUCAGUGUGAGGUGUUUAUAAAUUGAUCUCAUACCAGAACAGUCCAGGCCAAAGAUCAAUGAUGGACUUUGUGGUUGUUUCAUUGGAUUACUAAAUGCUAUUGGUGGGUUCAGAAAGCACGGGACGCUGCAGAACAGAUUGGCUAAACCAAAAACCCUUAUGUGAGGUUGAACUCGGAAUGUCCAGCUGAAGCCCGAGUCUGCAUCACCAGUCUUCAGCUCACACCUCCCAAAGAAUUUCUUGUGCAUCUCAUAAGGUUGGGCGCGUGAGUGGGCAGUGUUCAAAGCCUCCAUUGUAGAGGUAACUUCUAGAAGUAGUGGCAGUAGAUUGUCAGUACCAACCUUAGCUGCUGGUCAUGUUCUGUGGAAAGGGAGUUCUCAAAAAAGCCACUCGGGCUUGAUAAGACCAGCAGUCUCCUUAGUAAGAAGAGAAUUAAUGGGAGGCUGAUGGUUAGGUAUAUUUAUGUGUCUGUAUGUUACAUGUUUUCUUUCUGUCACACUGCGUAGGGCUGGGAGAACAGCAUUGUGUCUUUUUUAUGUUUGCAGAUCUAUGAAAAUAUUACAUGUUUGGAUAAUCAGGUGGCCCUAUAUUAUAAUUUAUCUUUUAAAUUCUGUUAGCGAUCAAAAUCUGUUUGUUUUUAACUGCACAGGCAGGUUACCAAACCAUGCUGUGAUACCAUACCUGAUAAGGCUAUGACUGCCUGAUAAAAAAUAAACCUUAAAUCUCUGAUCAACACUGUGGACUCAGGCGAUGUGAGAAAUGUAACCGUUGUUGUAAUCUGCUACACAAACUGUCUACAUGUGUUCCAGGUCAAUGCAUUGUCAAUAAAAACACAAUGAACAAUA